GGAAGAGGAGAAGGGGAAAAGAGGAAGAGGAUCCAGACUAACCAUGGCUACAGCUGACAGUAUUAUGAAACCCCUUCAAAAUGCCAUGAAAAUGGCCAAAGUAGCAAUACAGCUAGAUGGAGGGAGCAAACACAAGGAAGCUUACUGUGAAUACCUCCGGACGAUCAACUACAUAUCACAUGCACUUUUGGAAGAAGCUGGGUCACAAAAGGAGAGAGAGAUGGUGGCGGUGGAGGUGGAACGGAUGUUGAGGCUAGCUGAGCAGUGUUUGGAGCGAGCAAAGUCGUUUAUAGAGAAGAGCACUGAGCCCCCUGACCUCUCUGCUUCUGACUCCGCUUCCUCCUCCUGUUCACCUGCCCAACCAGAACCCCAUCAGACUACUGUCCUCUCGGUCGCCAUUACUGCAAACACUGGGCGUAAAGCAACAAGCCCAACAAAGACUGGUCACCGCAGGGUGUUGUCAGAUGGUGGCGGGGAGCUCUCCCCUUUUCUACCCCCUGAAGUUUUCCAGAGACUACAAAUAGUGGAGUCACAGGACACAAGCAAAAAGGAGCUGACUCCGAUUGAACAAGCGUCACGUUUGAACCAGAAGUUGAAAGCCAAUUUUGAAGCUCGUCUUGCAAGGCUCACACCUAGUCAGGCCUACCAGAAGACAUCCUUGAAGCUCUCACUCCAGCGGCAGAUGAUGGAGAACCUCAUCAUAGCCAAGGCCAGACAGGAUGCUCUCCAGAGGAAGAUGGAGGAGAGAAGACUAAGGCUACAGGAAGAGGCUAACAGGAGAUUUGCAGCAUCUGGGACAAUGACUGCAGAGGAGCAAGAACAGCGUACUCUCUAUACCAAUGUACUGGAAUAUGAGCAAGACCAUGACUGGCCCAAACUGUGGAAAGCCGUUAUGAAGGAGAACCCUGAUGAUCUUACAUUAGCGUCACGACUAGUCUCCUACCUGCUCAGCCGGUCUGACCACCCUGUGGUGAAACUGCUGAGGAAACACCAGUACCGGGUUUACAACGGGCUCUACCCCAUCGUCAGUAAAGGCUUGCCGCAGAGUUCUGCUCUGCUGCUGAAACCUUCUUGCAGCACUCAAAACCUGCUUCAUCCAGAGACCCAGAGGAAGCCUACCAGUGCUGUGAGCAGUAGCAUUGGCAGCCAGAGCUUCAGCACCGACUUCAGCUCCCUCCCCCACUCGAUCUCUCAUGACCUCCACACCUACUAUGACGAUGAAGAAGGGGAGGAGCCUCAUAUACAGGUGACAGUGGACAGGGAGAACUCGUUUGAAGAUCUCGAGCAGUUUCUGACCCAGCUGGACUGGGCCCCACCAGCCAGCAGCACAGAUGACACUGGCUCAGAUUCAGAGCAUACCUGUGAAACCUCGGUGCUAAAUGAGGGCCAUAUACAGGAGCUGGAGAUGAAAGCACUGAAGGAACAUCUGAAGGCCAUUGUCAAAGACAUUCAUAUUGCAAUUGAUCAGCUUCUGUCAUUGUGUUUGCUGUCCUUUGAGUGUCUAAACAAAGCCAGCUCUAAAGACCUGUGCCUUGCCAGCAUAGAGGAAGCCUUCUUCACGCCUCUGUGGAGCGCUCUGGUGUCUCUUUUCAGGAAGGUCAACAAAGAAAGAGAGCAGGCCUUUGAAAUGAGUAUGAAACUGUACCUGGAUGCCUCACCUGGCGAUGUCGGUGUUCCCUUGAAACUGUUCCCUCAAGAGCCGGGCACACUGCCAGGUUCCUACCCCUACGAGUCUGCUGUUCAGGAACUUAAGCUUCUCGUUAAAGACUGUUGUCCACAGAAAAAGUUGGAGUGUAUUGUUAGGACAUUACGUGUAAUCUGUGCCUGUGCUGAGGAUUACAGGUGUCUUCAUGAAGUGGACUCUACACCCAAAACAGCUGCCAUUGGUGCAGAUGACCUGUUGCCCAUCUUAUCCUUCGUGGCUCUGCGGUGCCAGUGCCCUCAGCUGGUGUCUGAAUGUGCUGCUUUGGAAGAGUUCAUUCAUGAAGGCUAUUUGAUUGGAGAGGAGGGCUACUGUCUGACCUCUAUGCAGAGUGCCUUAGCCUAUGUUGAGUCAUUGCACACAGGAGGAGCUCACCUUCCGGCAUACAAGCUCAUAUGAAAAAGGCUGCUGCAAACCCUCCCAACAGUUCAUUCCACAUUCCCUGCUGUGCUACAGAGAGGCAACAGCUGAACCUGCAGCAUCCUUCAGGUUGUGCAGUUGUAUGUAAUCCUGUUCAAACAUAUGCUCGGUUUACAACAGAGGAUUUAACUAGUGCCUAUGAGUAAUUUCUAACCAAAUUAGACCCUUGUGGGGUAAGAUUUGGCGUAGCUAGGUCCUCAAAGGUUGUUUUCAAACUGUGAAGCAGUAACUAACCAUGGAUUGUUAAAGGGAUUACUGUAUGUGGUUAAGAUUGGACUUGUUUUUGGAAACCUUUGGAAGUGGUGCAAAUUAUACACCGAUUGUAUGAAUGCUUACAAAGGAAAAACUCAUAUAUGUUUUACAUGGUUUCCAAAUGUAUUCUCUUUUUCCCCCUUCAUUCAGGAAAUAAAUAAAAUCUGUGGGAACUGAGGUAAAAAACAAAACAUUGAAAAAACAAAACACAAUCUGUAAAUUGUGUAUUGAGUGUGACUUGGCCAACCACAUGUCCUUAAGCCCCAUUUGGAUGGGAUUAAUAGUAUGAGGGAUGUGGGGGUUAAAAUAUUGCCUGUGGUCCCUGGUUAUUUAAUUUAUUGUUCCGGACAAGAGUUUAAACUUUAAAUGAAAUUACAAUAUGUGGUCUGUGAUAGACUUGGUCAUUCUGCAGGAAAACUGUGUAACCCUUCGUGAUUAGAACUUGCAGUAUACCUAUUUCUUGUGUAGUAUUUUUCUUUUACUUUAAGUCUGUCUUCCACCACUGGGGACUGGUGUAUGUGAGGUCACGAUGUUAAAUACUAGUGGUAUAGGCUAUUAUACCCCAUAUAAAAUCAGCAGGUUGGAAUAGCCAAAUGAGGAUGCCGAUACUUAUCUGUAGCUGACAUUACUACAGCCCAUUUGAUUAGGUUACAGCUUGUAGCUCUCUUGAUGGCUCUAAUUUAUUUCCCUUGUCAUUUUGGUUCCUGUGUUGUUAUGAACUUGUUUCUGUUUGUCAGACUGGCAAAAACAUUUUCAGCUUCCUCCAUUUUCACACGAAAGCCACAUUUUACACUGAGCUGGUAAAAAGCAGGAGAAGGACAGAAGGUCUUCCCAUCAAAAAAACCGAGAUCCAAUUUAAAAUACAAGUAUGUUUCUCUGGACUGGAUUGAAAUUACAGGAGGACCAGCAAAUUCACUCAAAAAUGUAGGUAAUUGUGGCUGCAAUUAUUACUGGGGUGGGGGUGAAAAAUUAACUACAAAUGUGCUGGGACAGCAUUAAAAUGCCUGACCAGGGCAGGUAAUACUAAAAUCACCCCACCUCCCCUGGAGCAAUAAAUCCCAUCAUAAUGGGGCUUUGAAAUUUUUUGUUUUAGGAAAUCUUCUGGAAGACAAGAAUGUCUCAGACUGAUAUUGCGUCAAAAAUGUUUUAAUAAGUGUACCUUGUGGGGUUUUUUUGUUUUUGUUUUUUUUUUAAAUACAGAAAGAACAUGCAAACUCAUAAAUUAGACAAUGUGUGCAUUGGUUUGUUUAUUUGUUUUUAAGACUGGUGGCAAAAUUCAUCUACAGAAUACAAAUUAAAAGUAUGAAUCUA